GAGGGGCCUGCAUUGCGCACCGACAGCAGCAGGAGGAAUUGAUUUUUUGAGAGCGAGAGAGAGAGAGAGAUGGGAGGGAAGGGUGGAACAGCCCCAACGACCUAUGCGCCAACUCCUCCCACGCUAAAGAAGCAGCAGCAGCAGCAGCAAUCCAUCUUCAAAGAAGUUGAUUGGGUUCGUUGCGAUGGACGAGGAUUUCAUCAGUGCCGGCCUGCUUUUUUGAGGACUGGAGCAGUGAAUGCUGCAUCAGGAUCUGCUUAUGCCGAGUUUGGAAAUACCAAGGUCAUUGUCUCCGUAUUUGGUCCUAGAGAAAGUAAGAAAGCAAUGAUGUACAGUGAUGUAGGUCGGUUGAAUUGUAAUGUGAGCUUCACAACUUUUGCCACUCCAGCUCGCAGCCAGGGGUCUGACCACAAAGAGUUUUCAUCAAUUCUUCAUAAAGCUUUGGAGGGCGCUAUCAUACUGGAGUCUUUCCCCAAGACAACUGUAGAUGUUUUUGCUUUGGUGUUGGAAUCUGGUGGCAGUGAUCUUCCAGUCGUCAUAUCAUGUGCGAGUCUUGCAUUGGCAGAUGCAGGGAUUAUGCUGUUUGACUUAGUUUCUUCAGUUUCCGUGUCUUGUCUUGGGAAGAACCUCGUCAUUGAUCCUACAUUAGAAGAGGAAAGCUACCAAGAUGGGAGUCUUAUGAUCACCUGCAUGCCUUCUCGGAAUGAGGUCACCCAGCUAACCCUUACUGGAGAAUGGUCGACUCCAAAGAUUCAUGAGGCAAUGGAGCUUUGCCUAGACGCUUGCUCGAAGCUCGGGAAGAUCACGAGGUCCUGUUUAAAAGAAGCUGCUUCUGCAUCCCAGUAGUGGAAAUUCUACUCAUCUUUUCUUCUUUUCGGCAGUUUGGAACUCCACUCUAGUUUUGAUUAUAUGCUUGAAAGCACACAUCCCUUUUCUCUUUUUUGCUAAUAGUCCCAAAGAAGCAUUCCUCUGUUCUUUAGAAAUUUGACAUGGUGGAAAUCCAUUGCCCAGUUUUGAUUC